AUGGCUGAGAGCGCCAGCGCCGCUGCUGCUGCUGCUGCUGCUGCCGCGCCCUCGGGCGGGCCCGGAGCCAAAGGCGGCUCUUCGGGAGCCUGGUGGAAGUCGCUGGGCAACAGGAAGAAGCCCAAAGAAGCGCUGGCGGCUGCGCCCUCGACCGCCUGGCCGCCGCUGCAGCCGGCGGAGCCCUUGGAGCCGCUCCACGGCCCGCCCAGCCCCUCGGACUCGCGGGACACCCAGCAGCCCCCGUCGGGCAGCCGGCGGAAUCUCAAGAUUUCCCGCUCGGGCCGCUUCAAAGAGAAGCGGAAAGUUCGCGCCCCGCUGCUGGCCGAGAGCCCGCAAAAGCUCUUCGAAGGAGGAGGCGCAGGCGUCGCCGGCAGCACCACCCCUGCGCACCCUGGCGAAGAGACGCCGUGCCAGUGA